CUUGAACUCCUUUCGUUUCUCUUUCUCAAAUAUAUACUCUUCGCAUAGCAAUCGUUACUGACCUUGGCAUUAGAAACACCUCCCCUCAAUCUGUUAAUACACAUUACCCCGCCAAGCCCAACAUAUAAUGGCAGACUCCGAAAAUCAUCCAACUAUCAUAGUCGACGACCGGCCGGUAGCAGUUAGAAGGAAGAGAAGCAUCAUUGUCGGCCCAAACCUUCGUUCACGAAUCAAUUCUCAUGCCUCGAAAUCUGGAUGCCAUAGCCUGUCAACCCCUCCAGCUACACCCAAGAGAUCCAAGAAACGUGUACGAUUCUCAAACCCAAGACCAGGAACAGAACUCGAAUCCGCAUCUUCCGGACUCACACCGUUCGUACGUCGAACAGAACAACCCUCUCCACAACACUGCCUCCAGUCGGUCAUUAUUCUGCACCUGCAACUCUUUGGAAUCGCGGCGAUUAUGGCAUACCGAUAUCUGGGACCAUACAGUUCGAACCACUGCGACAGAUACUUGAUGGGCGGCUUAAGAGGAGGCUGAGGAGACAUAGGUUGAGUGACGAAGCAAACAAUAUUGAGUUUGAAAACAGACGGGAAGUGCAAUUUCUACGAGCGGAGGUCGAACGACUCAGAAGCAGUGUGUCAAAUGAAUAGAUUAGAUUAGAAUACCGGC